AUGUCAGCCAACUAUGCCCCGCCAGGUCUGGCCUAUUCGGUCCAAGUGGGACGCCAGAUGACCGUCAUCACCAUCAACUUCGCGUUCAGCGGCAUGGCAGCCCCGCUGGUCGCUUUGCUCUUGUGGUCGGCUAGGCGGAGACACUUCAAACUGGCAACCUACUGGGUCGCCCUUCUCUGCGCCCUCCUCCUCUUCAUUGCUUCAUUCCUCAAUGGGCCAGACAUGUAUUGGGGGCCAGUAUAUCACAGACCGAUUCCUCUUGCGUUUGACGUAGGUGAGUAGAUAUCCGCAUGCAUUCCACUUGACCACCGCCCUUCCGAGUCUCACCGAGCUACUCUUCCGUCGCCUCGUAGUCAUUGGAGCUAUCAACUUUCUGCUGCCUUGGCUCGCGGAUUUGAACGUGACUCUAAGGCUCCUCAUCUUCUACCCUCUCAAGCGCACCUCGUUCCGAACCUUGGCCGCGGUAUUUGGCCUGCCACUUGUCAUUAAGCUGGCUCGAUUCGGCAUGAUUGUAUGGUGAGUAGACACCUCUCUGACCCGCUGUCCCAGUCUACUAAACUCGAGCCCACUCUACUGUCCGCGCUGUCAGGUACAUCAAUCUGUACACCGAAGUAGAGCGCGGUGCGCAUCAUGGCGACCGGGAAGCUCAAGCCAAGUUGGCAAACGUGCCCGGACCAGUGUAUGCAGAGUUUGCCUUGCAAAUUCUCGACAAUCUUUGGGGCUCCGGUAUCCUCAUCUAUCGACUGCGAUCGUUCCUCUUCAACCACUACAGCGUUGUCGGCGAAGCGUCCAAUGUGGGCGGAGCAAACCGACACAGAUUCUUGACGAUUCAGAGCAAGCUCAAAAACGCUCUCCACGUUGCCGUGCUUUCUUGUAUCCUGCCUGUUGGAAGCUGCAUCGCACUCGCUGUCACCAGUGCCCAGAAGAAUUUCGACGCGUUGAACUCGGUGGAUGCGGUCCACUAUGGGAUUUGCACCGUGUGAGUGUGGUCAUCGCAGACGCUCGAAGCAUUGCUGCGCAUGGCGCCUUGCUCAUUCGUCACCUGUCUCGUCUCUAGCAACAUUCUGAUUGCACAACUCCUGCCGAUGCUCUACCAUCCCGAGCAUUCCAGCUUUGAUCCCCAGACAAGAUUCAUCAAGACAAAGAAUCUGAGCACUUCGCCUGGAUCGUCUCGGUCAGGACGCACUCCUCAGGCCGACGAAGCGGACAUGCACGUCCUGACUACGUUGGACCCGGUGGAGGAACUCGAUCUUCCCAGCCAGACGAGGCAGGAAGACUUGGAGCUCCAGCAAAGCAGAGACACUGCACCAAGCUUGCGCAAGAAUUCGGAGCAUUCGCAAAAGUCUCUGCUCGGCACGAUGCAGUAUGGACAGACUUUCAACAAAAGCAAUCUCAGCGACAGCUCGUUUCCCAGGCAUCCUGCCGCAGCGCUUGGCACCUCAUCGAGUACGCAGCUUUGA